AGUAGACAAGAUACGGGGGGAUAUUUUUUAAAAUAUACUUUUAUCCAGCAAGUAGUAUAUGAAAAUCGAACGGCAGCUAAUGGUAAUGGUAUAUGCCAUAUUAGUAUCGUGUGCGUAACCACCCAGAGUUUUGUCUUUUUUUUACCAACCACCUAAGAGUUUUGUCUUGUCGCCAACACUGUAACUGUUUUGUCAUAUAGGGAGUGACACGCGGCAAACAACAACCAAAAAAAGCAAGAAAUAAAAUUAAAAAUGGGAAAGCGACAUACGUGUGCAAGUGGUAGCUAGGUCUUGAACACAGUGGGAGCUUAAGAUUUAUCGCCUAUAUAAAGAGAUUUUAUAUGUAUGGUGUCUCUCCAUUCCAAACACCAUUUUCUAAGAGAUAAUAAAGAAGGCUUUUAACUUUCCGGCGAGAAUUAUAUUUUAAAUUUUUUCAAUUUAUCAGAGAUAAUGAUAUCUGUUGUUAUCAUCACUGAGCUACUUGUGGAGUACACGACAGCACUAGCAAAACUCGCCGCCGGGAUUCUUCCGAGACGGCAAGGAGACAGUGAAGUGAUACGGAUUGGUGGGUUCUCUAUGCGUUUUCCUUCUAGAUCGACACCGGUUCCAGAUUUCUCUUCUUAUCUAGUUGACUUCUGAUCUGGAGGCAGCCAACUUUUUCAGAUCUCAGUUUUCUGUUUUCUCUGUGGCCAUGUGGCGGCAGAGACGUUUUUUUUUUUCUGAAGGGACUUUCUUUAGAUUUUUGGGUUGAUCAUUUGAUCAGAGUAUUGUAACAUUAUAUCGAUAUAUAAUAGAGAUUAUGAUUUUGAUUAGCUCUUAGUCUUCCAGCGUUUCUUAAUUUUAUAUUUCAGUCUUUUAUAUUUGUAGAGAGCGUGAUGAAGAGCUGAUAUUUUUU